CCGGAGAUUCACAUUUUACUGCAAGAUAACGGAAGAUAAGUGGAAUUAGUUGGCUUCGGUUCCCGCGAGGGAAGCUCCGGUCAAAUAACGCGCCUCUUUCUCUUGUUCUCAACUCAAUUCUCUCCUUCACCUACGGCGAAGGGGCUAAUCCGAAAGCCGUAAUGGAAGCGGCAAUGGGAUUGAUGCGCAGAAUUCCCCCAAAGCACACCGAUACUGCUCUCUCUGCGCUUCUCAGCCUUCUCCCUCAUCACUCAUCCGAUCUCCUAUCUCAAGUUGAUCAGCCACUCCAGGUUUUGUGCGACGUGGACUGUGGGAAAGAGUUCAUUUUGUGUGAAUAUAACCGAGAUGCUGAUUCUUACAGAUCACCCUGGUCGAAUAAAUACUAUCCACCAUUGGAAGAUGGGUCCCUCCCUUCUUCAGAUUUGAGGAACCUUGAAAUUGAAGCAAAUGAGAUAUUUGCCGUAUAUUGUGACCAAUAUUAUGAAGGUGGCACUUCAUCGGUUUACAUGUGGGAAGAUGACAAUGAAGGCUUUGCUGCCUGCUUUUUAAUUAAGAAAGAUGGCUCAAAGACUGGGCAGGGUCGACGGGGCUAUUUAGAGGAAGGAGCAUGGGAUGCCAUACAUGUUAUAGAGGUGGGACCUGAGGAAGAAGGAACAACCAAUUAUCGUUUAACCAGUACAGUGAUGCUGACUUUGACUACAAAUAAUGAGUCAUCUGGAACUUUUAGUUUGUCUGGAUCAAUUAGAAGACAGAUGAGCAUGAGACUGUCAGUUGCUGAGGGACAUAUUUGUAACAUGGGAAGAAUGAUUGAAGAAAUGGAGAGUAAACUGAGGAACUCACUAGACCAGGUAUACUUCGGCAAGACAAGAGAAAUGGUCUGCACACUGCGACCUCCAUCUGAAGUGGCGCAAAUGAGAAUGCCUGAGAGCUGAUUGGACUUUGCAUGGUGUUGCAGAUAUAACUACACAUUUGUCUGUUCUUCUGAAUGCUUUAACUUGCUUGCUGAUUAUGUGUUCUGCAUCUGGCAUUGAUAGUCUCACAUGGAUAGGAAGAGAGGAUUGUUGGAGAGGCAUUGUUUGUAGAGUACUGUGUUUACUAUCGAAAGGUAUACUGUUUCUUGUAACACUCAAGCGGAACUGUCAAAUUCAUCAGAUGACGUGUAAUUGUUGAAGCCCUUCUAUAUCUGGGCUUAUUGCCUGUGAACUGAUUACAACUCAUGUAAACACUACAGUGUUUCAACGAAAUUAUUUGACUUUGAGUAUAGUA